UAAAAAGUUAUCAUACUUGGGCCGGCUACGAACAUUGACAGACAUCAAAAAUGAUGCGUCAAAUGUUGUAACAAAAAAAUUUUAGAAAUUACAAAACUAAAAAUUCUCUUAAAUUUUCAGUGAAAUGCCCAAUACGAGGCGUCGGAGGUUCUCUGUUCAGAAUGAGAUCGCCGGUAGGGACGCAAAAUUGCAAAAUGGCUUGCAAUCCAGCCACUCCGACUCCGAUUCAGAGAUAAAAGUGAUGACCAAUAACUUCGUUGCAACAAAAUCUUCUAAAACAAAACAUAAAAUGUAUCCGAACAGUUCAAAAAACUCUACCCUAGAAAUAGUCGCUGAAUGUGAGAGUGCAUCAUCAGUGAUGACGGUCAAAAAACGUUCCACAUCAACAAUGGACAAAGACGUAACAGCUAGUUCAAGUAACAUAGACCUUUUCAACAUGCUAACUGCUACAGAGGAAUUAUCUGCUGAUCGGAUAAAGGGACCAGUUUCUACUACGAUCGAACCGCUGAAAAAAAGAGAUGACAGACAAUUAAAUAGAGAAAGGACACCCCUGAGGCGAGACAAACACCCGCGCCAACAUCGUAUCAAAGUGAGAAGUCCCAAACGUCGAAUGCCAAUCAUAGAGCAGAAUAAAGCCGUUGAUACGAAUCGACGUAAUACUGCUACCGGUGCUAUAAAUUGGGAACAAGAGUAUGAGAUUUACAGUUCAGAGAACGUGACUAAUAUAAUUGACACGACAGAAGAUGAAGAAAGGACGAGUACGCAUUCUUUAGAUGAUAUGUGUCGCAUUUGUCACGGAGGAGAUGCACUAUCGCCAGAACUCGGGCGCUUGAUAUCGGCAUGCUCUUGCCGCGGAACCGUUGGUAGGGUCCACGUGAAGUGUUUGGAGCGAUGGUUGACUGAAUCGGGAAAAUCUAGAUGCGAGCUGUGUGGGACCCGUUAUGCGACGAGACGCGUGCAUAGAUACGGCGUACCGAGAGCACUGGUUAUGUGGGUGUUGAGCCAAAAUGCUAAACAGACCUUCCUUGACUUACAGUUGAUGGUGGACAGUCUCGGCAUAAUGCUGAUGUCGCCGCUCGCCGUGCUGGCCGCGUGGCUGUCAGGACGCACGCUAGCCGGCCUGAUGACGCAGGAGAGCCAUGUGACGCCUUGGCCCUUAGCCUCGACCUUCGUACUAGCUUGCAUGACGCUUGUCUGCUACUACUGCUGGAUAGUAUCAGCUGCAACCCGUCACGCGCUCGGCUGGUGGAUAUGGUAUCGAUCCCAGUACGAAGUCAGGCUUCAGCUUCAAGAUAGCGAGGAAUAAACCUCGUUCGCAACACUUAAAUUAUUUAUAAUAGUCAAUACGUACCCCAAAUAUGUUUUAACUUUAUAAUAUAUAUUGUCACACAGAAA